ACAAUUUAUGAAAAAGAACAAAAAAAAAAAUAGAAUGUAUAAAAAUGAAAUAUUGUGAGCCACCAACACUACUAUCAUCAACAAACGUAGAACAAGAGAGAGAAACUUCACACAUCUUAACCAUGUCAACUACAAUCAAUGCUCCAGCACAAAGGUUAUUAGGCAAAGUGGCUGUGGUAACUGGUGGAGCCUCCGGGAUCGGAGCAAGCAUUGUCCGCCUGUUCCAUUCCCACGGUGCUAAAGUCUGUAUAGCCGAUGUCCAAGACGAUCUUGGACAGAAGCUCUGUGAUUCCUUCUGUGAUCCGGAAAAUGUUUAUUUUGUUCAUUGUGAUGUUGCGGUAGAGACUGAUGUUUCGGAUGCAGUAUACAAUACUGUUGGUAAAUUCGGCACUCUAGACAUCAUGGUCAACAAUGCUGGAAUUUCCGGAGCACCUUGUCCUGAUAUCCGCAACGUGGACAUGUCCGAAUUCGACAAAAUAUUUGACAUAAAUGUGAAAGGUGUUUUCCAUGGAAUGAAACAUGCUGCUCAUUUUCUGAUACCUAAGAAAAGUGGCUCAAUAAUUUCUAUAUCAAGUGUUUCAAGUUCCUUAGGGGGAACAGGGCCUCAUGCGUAUACAGGCUCCAAGCAUGCUGUGUGGGGGAUAACAAAGAAUGUUGCAGCUGAAUUGGGGAACCAUGGAAUAAGAGUGAACUGCGUGUCGCCUUAUGGUAUUGCAACAGGUUUGGCUUUGGCUCAUUUGCCCGAGGAGGAGAGAACCGAGGAUGUGAAAGCGGGUUUUCGUUCUUUCGUCGGGAAAAACGCGAACUUGCAGGGUGUAGAGUUAACUGUCGAUGAUGUGGCUAAUGCUGUUCUUUUUCUUGCAAGUGAUGAUGCAAAGUAUAUCAGCGGAGAGAAUCUUAUGGUUGAUGGAGGAUUCACCCGAACAAAUCACUCACUCAAAGUUUUUCGAGGAUGAUUAGUAAUUUCUGAUGCUUGUUAAUAAACAAAUUCACUAUAGUUUUUCCAAGAAGUGAUUGAAUAAGAAUGUAAAUUUUUCUCUGAAGUGUCUGAAGAAAGUUAUUACCCUUCAAUUUUAGUAGAUUUAGAUCAAGAUGCAUUUCAAAUUUGAUCAAAUAUGAAAUUGUCUUCAUGCAACUCAGGUGCCUUAUUGUGUGUGUGAAAAACACCAAAAUCAUAAUAAAAAAUCACAAUAGACUUGAAGCAAUA